GCAUCUUGUUGUUGCAGAUCACCCGUCGCCUCACCACAUUCGGCAUUCAGGCUGCAUUCCCCGCCGUUGCCAGGCCUGGGGACGCCGCACUGGUUUCGAUCCCGAGGCCGCCCAUUCGCCGGGAAUGAGGUCAUUUCUCUUGACGCUGUCCACUCUGACGGAUCGGAACCAUACCUUGCACCACCUGGCGCUCCAAAAGUACUUGCGCUGGCCCUGGCGUUGCGAGUUGCAGAGGUAUAGAUAGUUGCUGUGCAGCACCCCUUGGCAGCCAUGGCCAAACCUCGUGGGAAACAAGUCCCCCAAGCGGCCCCCAAGAGCAGCCAGCAAGACACGUCUCUCGACAAAGGCCGCCUCUCCAGCAACACCAUGCUCUUCGGCUUCCUAGCUAUCGCCGUGCUCGGCGCCGCCGUAUAUGUGAAUGCCUCGCCCAAGCUUGGGGUUGCCUUUGCUGGCACCCGCGCCUGCGACGAGUUGCCUGCACAGGCGCAGCGCAUCAAUCAGAAAGCCUUCAACGUGUUGCCUGCAGUGCUGCCAUUGACAGAAUCUAACGCAACCACGUUUUUCCACCCCCCAGGCACGGACACGGAGUCUUUAAAAGCCAGGCCAUUCCAUGUUUAUGAUGACGAGUUCCUCAAUGUCAUUGGAUCAAAUCCAAAACUGUCCCUCAUUGCGCACGAGGCGUCUGGCAACCCCAUCUUUCAUGAAGCGGUUGUCUGGUAUCCGCCCACCGAAGAAGUCUUUUUCGUGCAGAAUGCAGGAGCGCCUGCCGCCGGGACAGGUCUCAACAAGUCAAGCCUCAUCUACAAGAUCUCGCUCGCGCAGGCCGAAGCCGUCAUUGACAAGGUCAAUGCUUCGGGACUCGUUGAUGUUGUCGAGGCUCCGUCUAACCCAACUGUGGUUAAUCCCAAUGGAGGAACCAACUACAAGGGCCAGAUCCUCUUCGCUGCCGAGGGCCAGGGCGCAAACAUUCCGUCAGAGCUCGUUAUCAUGAACCCAGUCGAGCCUUACAAUACCACAGUUCUUCUCAACAACUAUUUUGGCCGACAGUUUAGCUCCUUGAACGACUUGGCAGUCAAUCCGAAGAAUAACGACGUCUACUUCACCGAUACCCUUUACGGUUAUCUGCAGAACUUCAGACCGCCUCCCGGUUUGCGAAAUCAGGUCUACCGGUACAAUGACGUCACAGGUGCCGUGACAGUUGUCGCUGACGGCUUUGUGCUGCCUAAUGGCGUGACCUUCUCCCCCGAUGGUACGAAAGCUUACGUUGCCGAUACUGGCGCCAACCAAGGUUUCUGGGGCUGGAACCAGUCCGAACCGUCAACUAUUUACUCUUAUGACGUGCUAGCUGAUGGAACUUGGGACAAUCGCAAAACAUUUUCAUAUAUCGACUCUGGCGUUCCUGACGGCGUUCACUGCGACACGAAUGGCAACGUUUACGCCGGUUGUGGCGAUGGUAUUCAUGUAUGGAAUCCGUCGGGCAAGUUGCUUGGCAAGAUCUAUUUAGGUGAGACGUCUGCCAACUUCAACUUUGCUGGCAAUGGCCGGAUGGUCAUCUGCGCAGAGACCAACUUGUACUUUGCCGAGUUUGCUGCUGUCGGUGGCACAUAUAUCUAUUGAUCACACUCCUCACACGUUGGUGGAAGAUCGCGCGAGGCGAAGCGGGAGGCAGCCACGUAUGAAGAAGUAGGAUACUCGGCAUUGAGGAGUUCUGCGGACGAGGAUGGCCCGGAGCUUAUGUGCCUGGGUACGCAAUUAGGCUACGCGUUCCAGGACCCGGUCAGAGCACCGCAGCCUCAUACCAAAGCUUCACUUGACCCAGCAUUCAGGUACACGGAACAAAAAUAAAAU